CCAAUUGCGAAUUUGCGAUUGAUUGCAUUUUCGACUUGUUUUGUGUUGUGUUGAAAAAUCUUGUGAAAUCUCUGAAAAUGUGUUCCGUAGACCAGAAGCCUGUCUUCAGGGACCUGUCUGCUGACGAUCCGGACCCGGAGGUCACAGAAAUAGAGUCCCUAUGUAUGAAUUGUCACGCGAAUGGUACAACACGUCUGCUGCUGACACGUAUCCCGUACUAUAAGAACGUGGUCAUCAUGUCGUUCUCGUGCGAGGAGUGCGGUUACGAGAACAAUGAGAUACAACCGGGUGGCGCCUUCGCCGAGAUGGGAGUCAGAUGGAAACUCAGAGUGGAACAGCAGGCCGACUUGAACCGGCAAGUGGUGAAGAGUGACUACACGUGCGUCAAGAUACCAGAAAUCGAUUUGGAAAUACCCGCGCAGAGUCAGAAAGGAGAAGUGACCACAGUGGAAGGCAUAAUCAGCCGGGUGAUAGCCGGUCUCACCCAGGAUCAAGACAGCAGGCGGGAACAGGAUCCUGAGGCGGCUGUUCAGAUCGAGGGGUACGUGGAGAGGCUCCAAGGUCUGAGGAGUCUGGACACGAGGUGGACGCUGUUGCUUGAUGAUAUCACGGGCAACUGCUUCGUGGAGAAUCCCGAAGCGCCCCGCAAGGAUCCACGCUGCGACAGGACAGAGUUCAAGAGGAGCAAAGAUGAGGAUCAUACACUAGGAAUAUUCACCAGGGAUGAGGUGUCAGACGAGCCCCUCCUGCCGCCGGCGGAUCCGGAAACGGGAUGUUACGACCAACUGGAGAGAGACGAGGUGAUGAGCUUCAACACCAACUGCCCCGACUGCAACGCUCCGGCCGAUACCAACAUGAAGCUCACGCACAUUCCUCAUUUCAAAGAAGUGGUCAUAAUGGCGACCAAUUGUGAUGCAUGUGGACAUAGGACUAAUGAGGUGAAAUCGGGAGGCGGUAUAGAAGAUAAAGGUGUUAAGUUCGAGGUUCGCGUCGCGGGUAAGGAAGAUUUCUCCAGAGAUAUACUCAAGUCAGAAACGUGUACGAUGUCAAUACCCGAGCUGGAGCUGGAGGUGGGCGGGCGCGCGCUGGGCGGGCGGUUCUCCACCGCGGAGGGGCUCCUCAGGGCCACCGCCGACCAGCUGGCGGGGUCGCCGGAGCUGUGCGGCGACGCCCCCGCCAUGGCCAGGGGCAGUUUGGACCGGUUCAUUGCGAAACUGAACGAAGUGUUGGACGGUGAGCGCGCAGUGACUCUAGUGUUGGACGACCCCGCCGGGAAUUCUUAUGUUCAGAGCUUGGCCGAAGAUCCGUCAACGCCUGACGAUGGUGUCAAAAUUACGAGAUACGAGCGCACAUACGAACAAAAUGAAGAGCUUGGUCUAAAUGAUAUGAAGACUGAGGGAUAUGAAAACAGCUAGUCUAAUUUUGGCCGUGGGCGUCUUCGCGCGCGAUUCGAGCAUUGUCAAGUUUUUUUUUUAAAUAAGUGCUUAU